CUUCGGCAACUAUCACGUUUGUCAGGACGAGCCGUACGUCAUCAAGCCCCCUUGUUUGGUCUAUUCCUUUGGGUAAGUUGCGACGUUUAACGCAAACUGACCUUCUGAAUAUUUCUUGGUUUGGAGUGAAGCGUUAUUUUUAAAAAUGAAAAAAACACAAACAAGCAAGGGGUUUGGGGGGGGGGGGUUGAAUGAAAGCUAAUACCUGGCCUUCGGGCUGUCCUUGACCCCAUUCUCCAUGUAUAAUUUUACUGGACACGUUUUCAGCUCCUUAUUCACGACGGCAUUCUUUAAAUCUACUUCAUCCAGCCACGACUGUCAUUUGAACAGCUUCAAGGCGGUUGUGGUAGGGUUGGGAAAGUCAGGAUGUGUGUGUGUUUCUUUUUGUGUGUGUGUGUGUCACGGGGCAUCUUAAAAUUGGUUCGUCUUGUGUAGGUCAAAUCUACUUCUUGACGGUUUAAAAACCAAUUAGAAUGCCCCACGUUAUCGUUCUGUGUGUUCAACAGAGCGUUGAAACGGACAAGCAUAGUUUAGAUGACACACCUCUGAGAACUCCAGCAUUAGAGGGCCUCCUGUAAGACUUUUUAAUGUAGUAUUGAUAAUAAAAGUGCAAAUAUCUCUUUCUAAAAGUGCCGACGGUGGUGGUAGGAAUGGGAGGGGUGGGGGCGCUGGUGGUAGCGAUAACUCGUUGAAAUUUAUUUUAAUAGAUUUUAAUCUUGUCUUAUUUAACCACACCUGAACAUACACAAAGUUCGUCUUGGAACUGGCCACUAAUAAUGGAUGAGGAGGAGGGGAAGUAAAUACUUCCAUCCUUAACUACUGACUACUGAGCGUCUAUUCCAACACGUCACAGAGAUUGAACCAAACGCUCUCAGGUCACCACAAUAUUCCAUUUACGGGAGGGCAAAGUCAACAUGCGUAAAAAAAAUAUUUACACAAUUUUCUCUCUGUAAUUAAAAUUUCAAUUUUGAAUAAUGGCACUUGUUUAUGUCAUGUGGUCAUUAAAUGACGUAGAACGGCGUACUUUUCCAAAGUAAACAUUGAACAUUUCAUUUUUCGAGCCCUAUUAUUAUUCUGUGGCAUUAGGCGGCCUAGCCAAUGUAGAGUGAGGACAAUUAUUUUUGCUUGAAGUAGUUGGUUUUGUGGUUUAAAUUUUCACAUCUCAACAUUCCUCUCUAUCGCCAUGUCCCGAUGAUUACGUUCAGUAGUGGCUGCCUUCACUUGGAUACCACGUGUGUUGCAACCUUCAGCAACAACAUUGAUUUUGAGACGUUCUUUUCGAUUUGAUAAACUGUGUUGUGAUUUCGUUUAACACACUUUAUCGAGAUGUCUGUCUUGAGAUGGCAAUGAUGUGAGUCAAUGCUUAACACACUUUUGUGAAUAAGUCACAUUGGGAAAUGGUGUAGGUGGGCCGUCGUGUCAUACGAGCUCUCAAUGCCUCUGCCCAAGUAAACCUCCACACGGGCCGGGCGCCGCGUCUCCCCCCCCCCACCAGACCGUGCGGCGGCACGCCGGAAACCUCCUGCCUGGCCUUGGGGACGGCCCGAAAACGCUGCGUUUAAAGCGUUCGCGGUCCCCGCUCCCCAAGGCUCUGGGCGGAUUGGCUUCAACUUCGGAGGAAAGGUAUUGCGUUACCAAUCCCCCCCCCCCUCGCGGCGCCCAGGGAGUCUUUCGGUCGGGACGGAAAGCAGGGAUGACACGCUAGUUUUGUGAAUCUACAGCUCUCUCGUUCUUAGGCUUAAAGUCUAAUCGAGAUACAAUGCAAAGCAUUAAACAAUUUUUCUCUCUCCUUUAUCUCACAUCUCUUUCUCUCAGCCUCUGUCUCCCUCUCUAUUUUCAUCCCUGAUUAUCUCCACUUGUUCUUCUUGUAAAAAAGCCGUGGCUGUAUAGUUAUCCCCCGUGCCUCAGAUUUUUUCAAGCUAUAACGUGUGUCCGUUCUCUGUAUUUUAGAGAACAUCCGUCGAAACGGAUAAGAAUACAGGACAUAGUGUUUCCCCAUUGUACAGCAGCUGUGGGUUUUCUGUAAGCCAAACAAGGAAUGAAGUCAUUUGAGUGUAAGGCGCCCCCAGGUCGUACAUAGUGAAAAAAAAAUGUGUGCAUCAAUAAUUUCAUCAGCUGCAUGAGCAUGACAGCUAGUGGGGGGUGGGGAUUGGAGGGGGAAGGGUAAAUCUUCAGAACAAGAAGCCACACCAAUUAGUUAUGGACAUCAGGCUAGCAUAUACUGAAGCCAGCUUAGUAUAGGUGAAUGUGGAUGUGGGCAGGAGGGGGGAAAGCUCUACUGAAACAUCAGGUGGUAGGCACAAUAGAUAUAAUAAUAAUUAAAAGAAGAAAGAAAAAAAUGUAUUUCUUCCAUGUAAUUUUUUUCUUGAAAUUAAUCGUAGAGCCUUUAAAACAUACGUUUGUAAGCAAACUUGCUGUGCGUAAGGUAAGGGCAAACUAAGAUUUACAAGUAUAUAAUUGCCUUGUAAAUAUAAAAGAUAUAUCAAACUCAAAGACACUGAUGUCCUCUGUUGCUAUAUUGAGGCACGCGCCCUUGCCAUGAUGAGACACACCUAUGCACAUUGAAAGGUAAGUCAAAGAAAAUUAGAGUUAUGGCUAAAAUAGACAAUUAAAGCUAUGGCGUAGUUUGCGUAUUUAUUAAAAUGGAAUAUAAUUUUAAUUUUAUUUCGCAUUAUUAACAACGCACUAAAACAAGCUAAAAUUAACGGAUUUUUGGGUUUUCCCAAUAAUGUGAUUACGAUGCAAGCAUAAGAUAAUAAUUUUUUAUUAAUUAAUUUUUAUCUUAAUUUUUACAUUCGGAUAAAAUGUUUGAAAUAGUUCCAUCGUUGCUACUUUAAAUGUAUUUGUAAUUUACACUAAUAACACUUAAAAUUUUACUAAAAUAAAAACAGAUCUAUAAUAUUUUUUUGGGGCAUUUAAAUUUAUUUGAUUUCUGUAAAAUAACAGAAAAUAACUAUAAUUGUUUUUAAGAAUCCGAACGUAUCUAAAAACGUCCGUUACUUAGCGUUCAAUCAGCAUAGCUCAUUCUUAUAUAUAUACAUAUAUAUAUAUAUAUAUAUAUAUAUAUAUAUAUAUAUACAGGAGAAAACAAUUCUUCGUUAAAGUAUUUAAUUCCAUCGGCGAAAGGGUCUUUAAAAUAUAAGACAUUUAUUUAAUUCUUUGAACGGGCAACUAAAAACAGGAAGGUGUCUGGGCACAAUAUUUUGGUAACGAUUUCUGAUUACCUUUAUGUAGACGCUUGCUGGGUAUCAGCUACUAUGUACCUUUAUCUGACCAAUAGCCGGGUAUUGGCUACUAGUCACCUUAAGUAUCAAUUAUUCAUUUUUUUAAAAAAUAUCAUGUUUCCCAUUGAUUUACAGUAUCGCCAACGACUUUUCAUUUGACGACGCCUUGGGAAAUUUAAGCUGUACGGUGGCAUCGUUCGACCCCAGGUAAGUCACGUGACGGAAGCAGUAACAUAGUACACACUCCCAUCCUCAGGCUCAAGAUGUAUAUUAGCUGCAACUCCGAGUCGCACACAUUUUUCAUACCAAUGGUUGUUAGACCAAAAAUACCCAAAAUCCAGAGGCGGAGUCAGUGGGGUACUGGACGACCUAGAAAAUCAGUUGAACUGCUGUUCUCUUGGCAUUUUUCAUGAUGUCGCGAUGCGGACAAAAAUUAUAAUCGAAAUGUGGGGUGUGGCGUUGCAAAUGAUUAGAACCCUUGGUUUAUGCGGAUGUUUUAUCCUUCGUAAUUGAAAAAAAAAAUUUUUUAGCCAUUGACACAAUUUGUUUGAUAAUGAUCCUCGCAGUAUGCACACAAAAGAUCAUGUGAGAAGUCCACAUGUGUCCUUCUACAACAUGGGCAUGGGAGCCAUCAACACAAACAGUUUUGCGCCAAACAAGGACAGCUACGUAAAGGAUGACCAGAAAUGGAAGAUAAGGACGUUGAAGGGAGCAAUGGCGGAAUUGGGUCACCAAAAUGUACGUCACUCGUGAUGCGUGGUCGUAUAUAUUUGAUCAAUAUAACAGAUCAAUGUUGGUGAUAGGUUUUCACUCAAACUUACUUCCAGCCCCACAUCCAACACAAGAACCACCUUUAAAAAUGGCAACAGCGGAAAGUAAACAAAGUGUCCUUUUAUAAUUAUUUGGUUGCAUCCUAGAUAUGUCUCUUAGUGAGCAUUUCACUCCACCGGCCUAGAACGAGGGAGUAGCAUCAAACAUUCCCACAUCUUUGAUAAAUUGAAUAACUACUUUACAACUUCUUUAGAAAUGAUAUAUUUUCUUGAUAUCAAUAUAUUUUAAAGCAAUUUUUUUUUUUAAAGUGUAAUGGGAGAAUUGGGUCACCAAAAUAUAAGUUACUCCUGGAACACUGUCAAGUACAUUUUUAACAGAUCGAUAUUAUUGACCUAAAUUUACUUCCAAAACGUCUCACACAGAAAAAGAACAAAACAAAACCUAAUUCAUAAACCAAUCUUUCAUUAAAAAAUAAACAAACUGUCUUCAUAUAUUGAUUGGUUGCAUGUGAGGCAUUAGCACCAACCCAUCACUGCAUAAUCCUAUAAAGACGGAGUAACAGCAAACAUCGCCACAUCUUUGAUUAAUUAAAUUACAACUUUAUCUUCCGAAAUCAUUUGCUCUCUUGAAUUCUGUAUAUUUAAAAGACAUAAUUAUUUUUAAAGGAACCAAAACAAACAAAAAAUCUUUAAUACGCAAAAUGUUUUUAUUUCUUUAAAAAAAAAAAUAACUAAAUAGAUCUAGCAUAGAUAACAAACAAAGGUAAAACGUUUUAAUUUAAAAGAUGUAUUUUUGUUUUUCUUUCAAUGCAGCGUGUUCUCGAUAUUUUGAAAAUGGAUAUUGAAUCUUACGAGUGGGCCGUGCUGGACAAUAUGUUUGAGACAGACGUGUUAAGGAACAUCAGGCUUCUGCUGAUAGAGUACCAUUUGUUCCCUAAUAGGCCGGACAAAGGCGACUAUGCUUACAAUUAUAAGGCAAGGCGUAAAACACUUUCAACACCACACUUAGCAUCAUAUAAGCCUUAAUGUUACUCCAAGAUCCCACGCGGCAACAUAAGGCUAAACGUUAUUCCAACAUCACACCCAGCAUCAUAAGGCUAAUGGUAAUUCCAGCAUCACAGCCAGCAUCAUAGGACUAAAGGUAAUUCCAGCAUCACACCCAGCAUCAUGAGGCUAAAGGUAAUUCCAACAUCACACCCAGCAUCAUGAGGCUAAAGGUAAUUCCAACAUCACACCCAGCAUCAUGAGGCUAAAGGUAAUUCCAACAUCACACCCAGCAUCAUAAGGCUAAAGGUAAUUCCAACAUCACACCGAGCAUCAUAAGGCUAAAGGUAAUUCCAACAUCACAACCAGCAUCAUAAGGCUAAAGGUAAUUCCAACACCCCGCCUGGCGGCAUCAGACUUAACGUAUUUCCAACAUCCCACCAAGCCGCAGUAUGCAAAACAAAGUUCAGUUCCCAUGCAGGUGACGGAGCACAGAACCAGUGGCGUCGCUAGUUUUGGUGACGCCCGGGACGAGCCAAGAUUUUUGACGCACAUCUUCCGAGAUGUAAAAAACAAUAUAUAUAUAUAUGCUCUUGGAUCAACAUCGGCUCCUAAGGAUAAAGAAAACAGAAGUUCCGUCCGAGGGGGGUACCGAUCACUCCGCCCCUUCCCUACUCCAUGUCAUAAAGAGCUUACUUUGACAUCUACACUUCAAUGGAUUCCCCCCCCGAUCGGCAGAGCGNCCCCCCCCCCCCAUAAAACGUACCCUUCACAAAGACCUCAUGUUGCUCCUGACAUUAUCAACAUCAUCAUAAACACUCCUUGAUUUCAAAGGGAGAAAACAUAUCUAUUUCUUGGACGCAUCGAUCUCCAUGUACCGGAAACUGUUGCAGGUUGACCUCGGGAAAUAGUUCAGAUACAUUUACCGACACUAGACUGUUUAUUUACCGGGUGCGAGGCUGCACUUUUAGUCGGAUCACACAAUGUCAAGUGAUGCCAAGCGAUCGAUAGAUCGAAUGUCCGCUAAGACGGUCAGUGUAGUUUUGAUUCCAAACAUUUUCUCAUUGAGAUGACGAAAUCCCGUUCUUUCGAUUCUGAGGAUCGAUCCAGACUGGGUAAAAAAAACAUCGAUAGGUUUUUCGAUAAAUGUUGUGGUAGCCUGUUUCGAAACAAAUGAAGAGAUGAUGUCAUAAAUGUAUUUCUAUUGUUCGACUAAACGGCCGCAGGCGUCCCCUCUCUGCUCAAAGUCCAAGUCCGUGGUAAUAGCAACAAUAAAGUAGAUUUGUAAAGAGGGAGAGCGGGGCACCUUGACUAAACACCCGCCUGGGGCGAACCCAACUUAACACUCACACGCGCACACACACACACACUCGCACACAUACACACACACAGACUCACGCACACCUGCACACAUUCGUAUAUAUCUAUAUAUCUAUAUAUAUAUCUUAUCUAUCGAUAUAUAUAUAUUAUUUAUUUAUUUAUAAAUAAAUAAAACCAUAUAAUCUUCUCUAAGUUCGCCACACGUUCUUAAAUGACUGGGGUUUUUUUUCUUCAUAUUUGAUGUUUCAGUUAGUGAACCGCCUGAGAAAGCUUGGAUUCCGUGAAUACCACUACGAGACCUGCUGUUUACGGACCACCAAUGCCAGCGAUUUCAACUACCAAGGUCACGUGUCGUAUGUCAACGCGUUCUUCCAGCCCCCAUCAUGAUACAUCCCAAUUUUGGCAUGAAAUGUAUUUGUUAACAUUUGAAUUUGUUUUUUUCCUUUUUCAAACGGGAGAGUAGUUUUACAGUUUAAGGAUUGUGUGUG